AGUUUCCUCUCUUCGCUUUCUCUUCAUUAAAUAAUACACCAUGCUGGACUAGUGCUGGAUGAAGGAACACUUUUCACCAUGAGCACGAACGGCCCCUACCAGCACCCCAGCUAUGGUGGAGGACGUGGAGGACAUGGCCAAGACUCCAUCUCCUGCUUCCGAUGUGGCGAUGUGUGCAAAGGAGAAGUGGUGCGCGUGCAGAACGUCCACUUUCACGUCAAGUGUUUCACCUGCCAGGUGUGCGGCUGUGACCUGGCAUGUUCCGGAUUCUUCCAGCAGGCCGGUGAGUACAUCUGCACCAAGGACUACCAGCGGCUUUACGGCACUAAAUGUGACAGCUGCGGGGAAUUUAUUACCGGGGAGGUGGUGUCAGCUCUGAGCCGGGCUUACCACCCAAAGUGCUUCGUCUGCACCAUCUGCAGGAAGCCGUUCCCCAUCGGAGACAGGGUGACCUUCUGUGGGAAGAAGUGUGUGUGUCAGCAGUGCUCACACACGCUCGUCAGCAGCAACGAGCCCGUGAAGAUCCACGGGCCGAGUCACUGUGCGGGGUGUAAGGAGGAGAUAACUCACGGUCAGUCCCUGCUGGCUCUGGAGAAACAGUGGCACGUCAGCUGCUUUAAGUGUCAAACCUGCGGCACAGUCCUGACUGGAGAGUACAUCAGCAAAAAUGGUAUUCCGUACUGCGAGUCAGAUUACCACAGGCAGUUCGGCAUCAGGUGCGAGACGUGCAACAGAUACGUCAGCGGGAAAGUGCUGGAGGCCGGUGGAAAGCAUUAUCACCCGACAUGUGCGCGCUGUGCACGCUGUCAGAUGACGUUCACUGAAGGAGAAGAGAUGUACCUGGCAGGUUCACAGGUGUGGCAUCCGAUGUGUAAGCAGGCUGCGAGGACGGAGAGGAAGCUCAGGCUAAGACGCACCUCAGAGGCCUCCAUCUCUCCUCCCGGCUCCAGUAUAGGAUCUCCCAGCAGGGUCAUUUGUGAUAUCUACGACAGUUUGGACCUCAGGCAUCGGCGUUCCUCUAGCCCGGGCUACAUCGACUCACCGACUUACAGCCGUCAGGGAAUGUCUCCCGCUGUGCCACGCUCGCCUCAGCUCUACUACCGCUACGACGACGACGAAUACGAAGCGACGAAGACUAAAACCAACGAAGAGCUCCCCCUGUCUUCCCCGUUCUCAUCUCCGGACCACUACCAGCACUACUGCCACUACACCGGCUCACCGAAAGUUCCUCGAGCUCGCAGGUUCUCCUCAGGAGGAGAGGAAGACGGCUGGAAUCGGAGCAUUAACAGGAUCCAGGCUGGGAUCGGGAGGAUGAUACUGAAGGAAGAGAUGAAGGCCCGGUCUGGUUCCUAUGACAACGACCCUUGGGCGAGUGCACGCAACUCUCGCAGCGGGAGCAAAGAAACCCUGUCCGGUCUGGGCUACAGUAACACUGUUAACGGCUCUCCCAGAUCGCAGUACAGCGCAGACAGCGAUCCGUUCAUCUCGAAAUCAGCUUCGUUGCCAGGCUAUGGCAGGAACGGUAUAAACAGGCCCCACAGUGCGGAUUACUUCCACUACGACAGCACCAACGCAGUAAACUGGGGAUUUAGAGAAUACAAGAUUUAUCCGUAUCGGGAUCUCAUCGUCACUGUUCGUGGUCGAAACCCGCUUCCCGGUGACGUGGACAGGACGAGAUUAGAGAGACACUUGUCCCCUGACGAGUUCUACCAGGUGUUCGGGAUGACCAUGGCCGAUUUCGAGCGCUUGGCAUUGUGGAAACAAAACGAGUUAAAGAAGCAGGCAAGGCUGUUCUAGAAACAUGAAGCUGCGGGCCUCACCUCAGGACCAACAAGCCUCUGCAGACCUCUGGAGGGUUCAAGUAGUCUGAAGGAAAUAAACUUCAAAUCUGGAUCGUGAUCUGUUCCAUCAAAGCGGACACGACGAAGCCUUCAGCUCCUCCACUGUGGACCGAUUCGCAAACGUACGAGACUCUGUCCAGAAUAAAUAAAGUGUGUGUGGCUUGUUUGAUUUUAUUUCAGACUCGACCUCCUACUGAACUUCAGGUUGCACCGUAUAGAAGACGUGUAUGAUAUGAUAGAACAUUGCCUUAUUUUAUGAGAAAGUGAGGCCAACACCAGCAAGUGUGCAAAGAGCAUGGACUAAAUGAUCUUAUUCUUAUAUAUAAAUAUAUAUAUAUAUAUAAAUAAGGUAUAAAACUCCCAGACUGCAUAUAGUGUCUCCGAAGUUGAAGAAUGUUGGAUGAGUUCUUUCAUAGCCAUCACUUCUGAGGGAGUUUUUACAAAACCAAAGUCUUUAGCGGAUAUCGAUCUGUGCCGUACCGGACGCAGAACCGAUCGGAUCGUCUUUCUUCUUCUUCAGGUGGCGAGCCGAUGAGAUUUAUGAACGAGUAGAAUGUGUAUUAAGAAAAGGGUUGGGAUUAUCAGGACUAGACGCUACUUGAAUAAUUUGAAAUGAGAUAAAACUAUGAAAAGAUACUCAUGACGUGUUAAAAACGUUUACUUAAUGCGUUCGAGACAUUUCCAUUCGCUCCUUUUUGUCUUAAAUUAAUGAAAGGUUAACAGCGACCUCGUUCAGAAAUCAGGAACAUUUAUUCAUUCCCCCACAAAUCAGCAUCAACACGUUCAGCGUUCAUCGUUUGCUUUACACUCGGAGCCUUCGAGUACCGUUAGACUAGAUCACGCCACAUCACCCCAGCUCUUCCCUGCGAUAUGCGGUACGUCUCGAAUUGCUUAAUAGCUGCCGCCAGUUUAGACUAACGGUAUUACUUCUCUCCUUAGUGGUGUCGUAUUAUUCUGUAGCUGGAAAAAAGCUGGAAGUGAUGCAGAUGAUAAGGUCAGGAUCCGGAGUCAAUCCCGGGAACAUGUGAGGUGGGAACAGACUGGAUUGGAAGCCAGUACAUCAUCACAGUGAUAAUUACAAAAGCUUUUAUUUCAAAGUGAGAAUACGUCAUUAAACGACAUGGUUGGAACCACGUGUACGCGCAGCUGGGCUUGUAUUUGUUUUGGUGAGAAUUGAGAGCUGCAUUAUUUUUGGUAUAACUGGAGAAAUUUUGACGGAUUCAGUUAUUUUUGGUAAACAGUUCCCUUACGCAGGAGCAGUGCAUCUGACCACAAUGACUUUUUCGGCUAUUUUUUUUCCAUUUAAAUCAGAAUUAAAACUGGAACAGGUAACGUGUUUCUGCCAAGCUGAAAACUUUGGAUGAAACGACAUUUAAAAUCCAAGCAGGUGUUAGAAAAUACAGCGCCUUCCACUAAUAUUGGCAAAGAAGGCUGCUGUGAAAACUUGUCUUUAUUGUUUAAUCUUUUGUGUAAAAAAAAAUAAAUAAAUAAAAAAAAAAAAUACUCCGCUCUCAUGGACGGAGAUCAAACGAUUAUUAGCGGAGGGCGCUGCAGACGCGUAGGUGGAUCUGGUUGUCAAUAUUUUCAAUUGAAUUCUGAUUGUUUAUAGAGCAGGAUCAAAAUGACAUAAGUCCAUAAACUUUCAUUCAUUUAUUAUUUUUCUAGAAUACUAUCAAACACUUUCUGGAUCGUACGAGCGGAUUUUAGACCGUCAGAGACAUGAGUGGAGGAAAUCCUGACUUUUAUAAACCAAGUAUGAUUAGAAUCUGUGUGUAAAAAAUCUGUAAAGGAAAACUGUGCUAAUUUUAUUGAAGUAAAAAUGUUGGAAGCGUG